CAAUGACACGAAACAGCAGAAGAAGAGUUAGUGGUGGGAAAUUUGACAGACGGAUCAGGACUGCUGAAGACUGAAACGAGCAGGAUUUUAUGUUUUUAUUCGCAAGUUAAAACAAAAAUGGACAGAUAUGUGUUGGUUAUAUCCAUCUGUCAGACGGAAAACGACAGAGCAGAGGAGUACAAAUGUUUGGCUAAAGUGAAGCGGAUUUAUGACCAAAUUGUGGACUUUACUUCUCAAGAAUCAGCCAGCAAAAUAUCUGUGCUUCCAGUGUGUUCUCUCAGUGGCUGUCCUUCAGUUCAGAGAUGGUACUUUGCUGUUCAAGCUUGCCAUGGAGUGAUGCAGUUUUGUAGCUCAGACUGGGAAGAGGUUGAAGUCCAUCAGAGAGGAAACAGUGAAGAGGAGAAGCCAACUACUCUGGAGCUCUGUGUUGAUUCCUUGAGUCUACACGAUAGAUCGGUUCAAAAAUGCGAUGAAGCAUCACCGACAGAGUUGCUGGAGGAGGCUGCAGAAGGAGUGCACGCACUGGCAGACAAGCUUCCACCUCCAGGUAAAGCAUUUUCUGAUGUGCUGGUGUUAGGCUCUGCUGAGCAGUGCCCUGAAUUAAAAGACCUGCUACCACUCCUGGGAGCCCUCAGACACAUGAAAUGUUGGCAUUCUGCCAGGAUCACGAUCAUCACUGAAAAUAUGACAGAGUGGCAAAAAAGUGCAUCGUACCUGGGUGCUGGUCUAGUGGAUUGUACUGAUUUAAUGAGCUGUAUCAAUUCAAGAGAACUAUGGAGAGGAGGCUUGGUGGUCAGAGAGAAAACGUAUGCGACAGAGCUUCGUUUCAAUGGGUUUUCUCUGUGCACUCCAGUAUAUAAAUCCCAUCACAAGGAAGAUCCACGCUCCGUUGCAGACCAAAAACUACACUCUGAGGUAUUUCACUAUUACGCAGCGAGUUUAGACUUGCUUCAUCUAAUUACUCUUUCAGACCUGCCCAGCUUCCAGAUGUCCAGCACUUACUUUCAACUAGUCCUGUCUGGGAAGUCAGUGAAAUCGAAACUUUUCUUGGAUCAGCUCAAAUCCCUGCGUGGAAAGGUAGGAGCUUUGUUCAGCCUUUCCUGUGUCGUCACCCCGAUUGCACAGCCACCAGCAAGCCAAAUCACCUCUCAGCGCUGGAAAGAGUCUGUAGCCAGGAAACCCAAGUCUUUACCUAUACCUGAUAUUGAAGUCAAGGGAGAAACUGCGAACUACUACUUGUUGGUCCAGGGCUCUGACAGUGCUGAAGAUGGGGUCUGUUCAGUCAGACUGUUGCACUCUGACAGUCAAAUAAAUGGUGUGCCUGCCAUGGCAACAGUCUCAGGGCUGUUGGGACAGAAGCUACUGUCAUCAUCAGGAUGCACUCAAAGCAACAUCUUCUCUUUGCCUUGUCUCCAAGGAGACGCUCUGCUGAAGAGAGAGCAGAGGGUGGUCCAGGUCCAAACACGGGUACUUAGAGAAUAUUUCAGACAGAAAGAAAAAUCCUCUUCAAUACCAUUUAGUGACUUGAAGGCCAUUCUGGUCAUGGCCAGGGAGCAAUACUUAAGAAUGAUUGACUCCACACUUCCCUCUGCCAUAUCAAUGUCUGACAGCCCAGGUACCAAGGACACAGUAUUGAAAACAAUGACAGCUGCACCAUCUAUUUGGCCCGAGAGGAACGUCCUCCACAACAUUGAGAACUUGCAGAAAAGGCGACAGAGGAGAAGACUUGGCCUGUUAGGUCCUGGCUCAAGUGACAACCUGCUAGGUCCAAAAGACUGUCAGAAGAGUUCCACUUCUUUACUGGACGCCAAAGAACUUUUAAAACACUUCACACUUGAUGGCAAGCCGACCAGUGAGCUGUAUCUUCUGCCCCCUAUUAGAGGUCAUAACGUAUUCCAGUUGUCACCAGACCUAUCUCCCCGGAGACUUAGUGAGAUGUCCUUCAAAAAGGCCACAGCCUCCCAUUACCACGGCAUAGAAUUCUGUCUGGAUACCCAGCAUUCCUUGGAUCGGGACCAAGCUUUUGUACGACUCCAGUCUCGUCUCAUUCGCUACGAGACCCAAACCACCUGCUCCAAGGAACCCUGUGUCCUCCCGUUUGUGAACAGCCCUGCCCCCUCUCCCGCAGUGAUGUCAGAACCAGGAAGUGUACCUGAUGGAGAGACCCUGCAAAAUGCUGAUGUCGCCCGACUCAAACGCAGGUCUUGGGACACAGAUGUUGUUGGAGGUUACCCUUGCAAGAGGCAGGCCAAGUCAGAGAGCAGUGACUUCGUUUGUCCUCAGAGCAACAGCAGUAAUGGGACACCUGAGGCCAUCAAGUCACUACGGCAACGACACAGCACAUCCCAAUCCGUCUCUUCCAGUACCUCUUCUGCUCAUAGGAAAUCAUCUGGUUUGCUGAAUCAGUCUUCAGGCGACAAGCAUAAAGCACCGAAGCGGAAGACUGAUCACAGACAGACAGAGGAUAAAAAUGCCAAGGAGUCGCGUUCUCAAAAACACAAUAGAAUGCUGCAGGAGGUGGUCGUUAAAACACUCAAACAGCACGGGAUCAGUGCUGAGCAUAAAUGCUUUGAGGCUUCCAGCAAGAGACUGUUUGAUAUCUCCAAAUUCUUUCUCAAGGAUCUAAAGACAUCUCGUGGUCUGUAUGAUGAGAUGAAGAAGGCAGCUGGCAGUAAUGCUAAACAGGUCAUUGACUGGGUGAUGGAGAAGACCUUGAAGAAUUAAGUGAAUGAGUUUGGGAAAAACAUCCUUUCAUUUUCUGUUUUUCUUUCACAUCUGUUCCCAAUUUCUUGAAUAUAUUUUAAGUUGACUUUAAUUAGCUUUUUAAAAAGCCCCCAUUAUUUUUAACUGUCACAUUUAUAUAUUUAUUUUUUUAACUAUCUGUAUGGAUUUACAUAUUGGAUCCCUUUUUACAUGUGUACAUUUAAGGUUUUGUUGCUUUUUUUAUUUUUUUUUUUAUUUCAUGUACCCUUCCUGUAUGCGUGCAUCUAAUCACAUAGUUAAAAUAAAUUGUUAAUGACUUAACAAUUGAGCCUUUAAUAGAGCCUGUAAUUUGCUGCUCUCCUGUUAAAUUGAGGCCAAGAGGGGAUGGUGAUACAGUGGGACCACAAAUCUACAAGUUACGGCAAGGAAGAAAAAGCGAUAAUUCUCACGAGAUGUUGUUACUUUAGCAGAUUGCAAGGCAAAGCUGCUGUGGGCUGCCAACUAGUGGACGAGAGUAGAAGUGCAACCAAUGUAUUUAUUUCCAACAAAAACACAUGUGUAAGGAUUAAUACAGGCAAAUUUGGAGUCAAUACAUAAUAUCGCGAUAUAUCUCAGAAUCGUUUUUUUUAACACCCUAAAUAUUU